CCGCAUUUAAACAAAAAGCAAUGCCAAAAUUGGCUGAAAUCGUACGGACACUGAUGUGUUGCUGGAUACUGGUAAUAUAUUCAGCUAAAACAGGAGCAAAGCGUAAUUAUGCCAUAUUAUUAGAUCGCGUCAAUUAUACUAUACACCAGCAAGGUUUUAUAGGAGUUGAGCGAUUUAUAUGUGGCAGGAACAGAAUUGGCUUAAGCACCUUUACCUUACAACUUAAAAUGCAACAAAAUAUUACAAAUUUACAAAUACGCGAUAACUUCUACAUUCUUUUAGAAAAUAACAAAACAACUAAUGUGAUAACUGAAAUAACGAAUGCUUGUGAUAUGUUGAGUGGAAAUUAUGACAGUACAAUUAUCAAACAAAACAUAAUUGAAUUGCAACAAGCAACCAAACCAGUGCUUUUAUGUCCGCUAAUUGAGAAUACGCUUUACAGCAUCAACAAUUUCACAUUGCGCCCCAGUUUAAAGCCAUCAUAUUUACCGGUAAUGGAUUAUAUGGAAAAACUUGAGCUAUCUACGAAUGGUGUACACUAUUUAGAUCUUAUUUUUGAAGGCAGAAUCAAACGUUUCUAUAAAUAA